UCAAUGUUUUUAAUCAAGUUAAAAGGGUAUAUAAAUGUAAAAUUAGUUCGAUUGCUAUCUGGAUAUAAAAAGGCUAUGAAGAACCAAGCUCUGCACAACUUUUUAUAAUUGUGAUGGAUUUAUAUCCCAACUAUCUUAUCAUAAGCUUGUUUAGCUGAUGAGAUACAAAUGAGCGCUAUACUGUACAACUUAAUAUUUACAAUUAUUCUUUGAUGCUAAUAUUAAAGUAGCAUUCUCUAAAUCCAAUGAUUGAAGUAGACACCGGGCAAAUUACUCGGAAAAAAUGGCUGCUUCUUGUAACGUUUCUUAUAUUUAUACCAAAAGCAGAUAAUGCUGAAAAGAAAAAAUGUGAUAAACCUUGGAGAACCUUCAAAAAUGUAUGUUUUAUGUUUUCGGACACUAACAGACAAAAGUAUGAAGAAGCACAAACUUUUUGUUAUAAGCAAGGAGGAUUUUUAGCAAGUAUCAGAAAUCCAUCUGAAAAUGGUUUUAUUAUUAAAACAGUACAAGGUAUGGGUUCAUCGUAUCAAAGAGUUCGAUGGUUUAUUGGACUGUAUCAGUAUGACGCAGACGACAUGAAAGCUUGGCGGUGGUUAGAUGGAAGCGUCUCUGGGUUUCGUAAUUGGAUGAAUUCUCAACCUAAUUCAGUUUACGAACGAUGUGCAAUGUUAGAUGGGAGUAAUGGGUUCAUGUGGAGAGAUGAAGUUUGUACCAACCGAGGCCUCUUCAUUUGUAGAAAAGAGUUAGAUGAUCAGGGCUCUAUGAAUUGCUUCAAGGGCAAACCACCACCAAAAGACAUUUUAGAUAAGAAAGGUAUUAGUGUCACAGAAUGUUUGGAGCAUUGUCGAGGUUUAGGGUUUACUUUAGCUGGUAUUAUUCCAGACAAAUGUUUUUGCCUAGGAGAAGACAACUUGAAAUCAUUUGCAAAUGCCAAUCGAUUACAAUGCAGUGGAAAUUGUGGGAACCAACACUGUGGAAAUAAAGACUUCAUAACCAUUUACAAUCUAACUCACUAUAAAGAAACUGCAGAUUCUUGUGAGGAUCUCUCUCAAUUGGGCUUUUCAAGUCCGAGUACAUAUGUCACAAAAGUUGGAGAUGAAGAAAAGAUAAUGAAUUGCUUCAGUGGCGAUGGUGAUUUUUAAAAAAAUUUUAUAUCUAUUUAUACAUUAUUAUUAUGUUUAAAACAUAUUUCAUAAAGCUAGCUUGAGUUUCACUGCUUUUUUUUACUAUAAUCUAAUUUAU